GCCAUCGUCGCCACUGUCGCCGCCAGUAGUCGCGAGUCGUCUGCCGUGCCGUGGCGUGGCGUCCGUCGUCGGGGACCUCGGCAGGGCCUGAAAUUCGUGCGAGCACGCGGAAUUAAGAGUCGCACGCCGAUCGCGAUCGUUCUCCUCUCGUAGAGCGCGCCUCCCGCACUUCGUACGCCAUUCCCUUGAACCCGGAGACCACGUAAUCCUCCGUGCGACUCGCCCCGGGGUCACGCGUCUCGCGCCCGCGAAUCGCGCGACGUGCGGACCUGCAGCAGGAUCUGACAGCGCGAGUGACGGACGGAGAGCGCGCGGUCGAAGAUGUGUGGCGGUUUUACGUGCUCGAAAAAUGCGCUGACGGCACUCAACAUCCUCUACAUCGUUGUUGCCUUUAUAUUAAUAGGAGUCGCUGUAUAUGGAAGGGCGUCCGCCUUAGUUACGAAUCUCCCCAUUAUAGGCGGUAUCCUAGCAUGCGGGGUGAUCCUGUUCCUCAUUUCUAUACUGGGCCUGAUCGGUGCGGUUAAACACCAUCAGGUUUUAUUGUUCUUUUACAUGCUUAUUUUGUUCCUUUUGUUCCUGAUUCAAUUCAGCAUUGCCUGCGCCUGCCUUGCUGUGAACACCAAACAGCAAGAACAACUCGCAGAACAGGGUUGGAGACGUGUUGGACCUGACUUAAGAGCGAAAGUUCAGACUACCUUUAACUGCUGUGGAUUUAAUGACACCACUACUGACCAAUCGGGUAUAUCUUGCGAUGUCAGUAAAAUUUGUUGUCCAUCCAUCGAUGUCGGUCAAUCUUGUCCACCUUGUCCAACGUGUAUGCACAAACUGCAGUCCACCAUUGACUAUGCGUUCAAAUUAUGUGGCAGUAUAGGAUUAUUCUUUAGCUUUACGGAGGUGAUUGCAGCUUUCUUGGCAAGGCGUUACCGUAAUCAAUUAGAUCCACAGGAAAAAGCUGCAAGAGCCAUUUUUCCGCAGCAGAAUUAUUUAUAUUAGUUCGACGAUAUAUCCGAAAAAGAAUUAUUUAAUAAUCUUUCUUUUAAUUUGUAUUAUACGUAUUUCAUGAGACUUUUGCGACACGAGGAGGACAAACUGAAAUUAAUUUUAUUUUUGAUUGCCCGGAUAUGUCAUAUCAACAUACUUUCCAACGGCUACAAUUCAAUCAUUUUCUUUGAAUGCACUAAUUCUUUUAAUUAUGUGUAAUGCUCAAUAGAGAAAUUAAUACAUUUUUUUAACUGGGCAGUCGUAGGUUUUAGAAUGAGUUAGAUAAAUAACUGAAAUGUGUGCUCUAGUCAUAAACUUGGGACACUCAUAACAAGCCUCAAUGCGCCUUGUAGUCUAGUGACAGAAAACAUCAUGUAGGUAUAAAUUUCUAUUAAAUUUCGUUGCGUUAUUUCCUUCGACAAUUCGACGGUAACGAAAGUUGGCGAUGAAAAUCUAGCACAUUGUCAUAACAUUGUGUUGUUUAGUACCACAGUUCGGAUACCAUUCUAAAGAAUAUUAGAACGACGUAAAAAAAAAAAACAGUGCAACACGCAUAUUAAUUUUUUUUUAAAUAUUUUUUCAUGAGAGAAUGUAGUUUAUCAUGGUAGAAGCAUAGAUAAUCAUUCAUCGAUCUUGGCAAUCAUAUUUUUCUCCCGUAUAUAAAUGAAUCGUGUUAGAUGUAUGCAUAUAUACAUAAGUAUAUAUUAUAAUUAUAUUCAAUGAUAUCUAGAAAUUUAUAUCUUCCCGAGUAAAGAUUCUGUCAUAUCACCUUUGAGUACUUUUAGAUAACUUUAUAAUAUAUUUACGUCUGCGACGAGAUUGUUUUUUUUUAUAUGUUAAAAUAUUCUACAGAGCGUUAUGAUAUAUAUGAACUUCUGUUAUUAUUAGGAAAUUGUAAUCAAAAUAAUCCGAAGAAAUCGUAAUGUAAACUUUUACAUUAACGAAUCCAUAUCUAGUUUGGAUGAAACUUGGCUUACCCUCGGGCAGCUUGCUUACGAUAUCGCAUACGUGUUAUACCAAAUAUUAAGAAACUACAUAUAUACUUAAAAUGUAUAACCAAUCGAGUAAUAUUUAUCCUAUGGUAAUACCGUAAUCAGCGACUAUGUGAAAUCUAUCGUAUUUCAAGUUUCAUCCGCCAAGAGUAUCCGACGCGAGAGUGCUUUGCUUGAAAUUAAAUUCUACGCUAAUUGUGCACUCUAAGAAAACUUACGCAUAAUCUGAAUAUAUAAGAUGUCCUAGACAGCCUGGUGGGAAGUUAUUGAAGAACUUUAUAAUAGUCUCGCUUUCUUGCAUAAUGCAGACUUCUUAAUGGAUCCUCGCAGGCUUUUAAGCUUUUGCGGUCGUAAGAGAGAAGGGGGGGGGGAGGCAAAGGGAGAGAGUAUUUAAAUCGUCUUGUCGAAUGUUACUGGACUUACGAUCGCACCUCGGAUUCAAUUAUAGUGGAAAUUGUAUUCUAUUCGUGAAAACACUAUUUGACUGAUACCUCUCUCGUGAGAUAAUGCCCUUCCAGGUUCUUUCUCGGACGAUCUGCGUAAUAUAAGUAUAAAACUUUACGAGAGACACACGUGUUGUGAAUUCAAUGUUCAUGGAAAUAUUGUACAUCGUGCCCUAUUCUAGAUAUUAGAGAAUAAUAGCAUAUUUUCUAUCCGAAUCCCGUCGCGUGAGACGUAGAUGGAACGAAUCUCGCCAUAAUUACGUUUUCGCGAGUCUCCCCGCCUGGAAAAAGCAGCUGUUCUAAGAUAUACCAGAUUAUAAGAUAUCGCGUCUUCACGGUUCAAUAACGAAUCGAGCUCGUUGCUUUAUCCAUGUAUUGUUUAAAUUAUAAUAAUACAAUUAAUCGAGAACCGAACGAGAUCCAUGAGAAUUCGUUAUUGAACGACAAAAUCGUAGUUUGACGUUGCACGUUUGAAGAGUUUUUCCCCCGAUAUUUGGAGGACGUCGCUCUGACGAAUAAAACGGCGUUUGCAAUAAGACUUUAAGAAAAUUUACCAAUCAGUGGAUUAUUUAUCUUGAGAGAAGAUUAAUCGAUUGUGAACAAUUUUCUUAAAUCUUAAAUCUCUAAUUGCAGACGCCGCUUAAUCCAGUAUCGUUUUUUAACGAACAGCUCGAGUUCGCACAAAUUCACAGAGUUUUAUGCCGAUCACGUCUCACGAAUGGUAGAGAGCAACUCGCGGGAUGUAUAUCUUCCGACGUAAGCGUACGAGAUGAAGAAUCACGUAAACAUUCCAAUUUUCAUCUCGCUUCUUUCCUCCGGCUUUGGUAAAAAAAAAAAAAGUGCAUAUAUUUCGCAUGUCCGCGAAAUAGAGGCCACGUGCGAGGAUAUAUACGGUAGCGUCAUUCCUACAUACAUAUUUUUACCUAAGAAAAAAAAAUACGUAUCGUAAUCAUUCUACUCGUGAUUAGACUUAACUGCUGUACGUAUGUCCUGAGAGAGCUGAGAACAGUCGAAGAAAUGCGUAUGGGAGUGGAUUCACACGCAUCUCUGCGUUUAACUGCGCGGUGAAAACGACGUAAGCGCAGCGCGCGCCCGAUUAUAUUAUCCGUAAUGCGGCGUACAAUGAAACUUAUAAAGACUUAAGAUUUAAGAAAAUUGAUUCCUGAUCACAGUCGAUUAUUCAUCUCGCGUGAGAGAAGUAAUCGAUUGUGACUGAUCAAUUUUCUUAAGUCUUAGUGUCUCAUUGCAGACACGGCGCUUAAUGUAACGUGCGUGCUUGAGGGAAUCUUUCGAAAUCAAAAAAGAUCUGAUGCUUGGCGCGCGGGAGGAUCCGAGUGUUUUUCGACAAUCUUAGGUGACGGAAAUCCCAUUGUAUUGUAUACACGUUAGAGAUCAUGUUCGAAUUAUAUUCGAUUUAUCUCCUCACAAUCCGAAUGUCCUGAUUCAACAGGUCCGUUCUUUGUAACCGCGUUACAAAUCACACUUUCUCGAGUUAAAAUAAUGAAAGAAAAAAAAAAGGAGACGUACAUAAUUGAGCGGCGAAAGGUAGAAAGUGUGGAAAAACCCGACUACAAGGAGCGACCUUUAUAAUAUACAUAUAUCUACCCCGGAGAAUUCGCGACGUCGUCUAAUUCGGUGAUUCGAGACGAAUUGGAUCCCGACGAUGCUAUGUUUAAUUCCGAUACUCGCGCAUUCCGACGGAUGGCAAACAAUCUCGAAUACAUGUUAAGCACGAGGAUUUAAAGGAUUUUAGUUUGUGUGAUAUAGAGAAGCGUAUAUAUAUAUAUAUGCUAUUGCACGAAGAAAUAUCAAGGGCUGAACGAUUGCGAACGAUAGAGUUGCCAAUUGUUAGAGCUCGCGUGUAGCGAUAGCGAUAAAUAAAUAGAUGAAGGUUCGGA